GGCACGUGACUAUCGCCGACCUCGCUUGGUCUUAUCUAUACAUUCCUCUACUCCUCUAAAUGCCUGCAAGUAUAUCAACCGGUUUAUAAUCCCACUAAGUCUUGCGGUUUUGCGAAUUUAUCAUGGCUUUCCUAUUGCGCUGUUCUAUAGGUCACUUCACGUCAACAACCAAGUAUCGUCCUUUAGGAGGUUUAUUGUUUCCCUCAUCAUCAAAACUAUCACCAAGCUCCCCGCUCCACCCAAUACGACGUUUCAGUGAUAGUGCCAAGAAUGCAAGAGCAAUGGAGCUUCAAGAUUUUAUGACUCUGAAAGUGCGGCAGGAUAGGUUAAUGGAGACAUUGCAUGGAACCUGCGUCUUUGGACCGGGAGAGAGAUGGGGAAAGGCAACUGAAGAAACUGGCAUGUCACGGCUUGCACUGAGCGAUUCAGAUAAGGAUGUCCGAGAUUGGUUCGUCAAGACAACUAAGGAUCUGGGGUGCAAUGUUACUAUUGACGCCAUGGGAAAUAUUUUCGCUGUACGCCCCGGACGACGCGAAGGACCGGCUACGUUUGCAGGGUCUCAUCUUGAUACCCAGCCAACAGGUGGUCGGUACGAUGGGAUACUAGGUGUCUUGGCUGGUAUCGAAAUGCUUACUGUGCUGCGAGACCAUAAUUGGGAGACCGAGUUCCCUGUUGGACUCGUGAAUUGGACCAAUGAGGAGGGUGCUCGUUUCCCGAUCAGCAUGUCUUCGUCCGGGGUAUGGGCAGAAGAAAUUCCACUUGAGCAAGCUUAUGACCUUCAGGAGGUAGGCGGCGGAACAGCGACGAUGAAGUCCGAGCUACAGCGAAUCGGGUACCUCGGCUCGAUACCAGCGAGCUACCGAAGCUCACCUAUGGCGGCACACUUCGAGCUACACAUCGAACAGGGGCCGAUCCUCGAAACGGAGCAGCAGAAGGUGGGAGUCGUAAAAGGGGUUCAGGCUUAUAAAUGGUUUACAGUUGACAUUUCGGGUCGAGACGCACACACAGGAACCACGCCCCUCCAAAACCGCGCGGACGCAAUGCUUCUCGCGGCCCGCUUGAUUAUGCACUCUCACCGCUUAGCAACCACACAUUCUGCGCUCGCUUCGACGGGUAUAUUAACACUAAGCCCAGGCAGCACGAACACGAUUCCCGGCCGUGUUCGCUUCACACUCGACGUUCGCGCCCCGGCCGACGCGACCGUCGACGCUAUGGAAGCCGAUCUGAAGCGCGAUUUCGCAAGACUAGCGGCGGGCGAGGACAUCGACGGACUCCUCGCCGGCUCGACGCCCGGGAAGCCGCUUACUGUGGAGUGGAAGACGGAUUUCGUCUCCCCGGCCACGAUAUUCCACCCGGACUGCGUCGCUGCUGUGCGUGCUUCCGCCGAGGCUGUGACUGGGAGUGCUAGUUUGGUCAGAGACAUGACAAGCGGGGCUGGACACGACAGCGUGUACGCUAGUCGCCGGUGUCCGACGAGUAUGAUUUUCGUCCCGUCGAAGAAUGGGGUUAGUCAUAAUCCGGAGGAGUACACUAGUCCUGAAGACUGCGCUAUAGGUGCGGAAGUUUUGCUGCAGAGUGUGUUGCGGUACGACCGGAUGAGAGCGGAGGGAAAAGUAAAGGCUUGAUAUUGGGAUGUAAGAUGUGGAUAUUUGAAUUCAUGUGUAUAUAUAUCUACCUUGUAUUGUGGAAUGCGUAUACUAGGAGAUCAUAUACCAACUUUUUACGUGUCGACGGGGAAGAUAUUGCAGUCUAGGAUG